ACUGGAUUUUUUGUAGGGAUCGCUGAAACACUCAACACUUUAAAACUGACCUGGAAAACUGACACCCCUGUCUGGGUCCCACAGUGGCCCCUAAUAGAUAAUAAGCAGAGUGUCCUUAAAAACCUAGUGGCUGAACAACUGCAAAAAGGCCACAUCAAACCCACCAACAGCCCCUGGAGUGCCCCUAUAUUCAUAAUCCACAAGAAAACUUCAGGCACCUGGCGAUUGUUACAUGAUCUCAGAAAAAUUAACGCAGUGAUUGAGAACAUGGGCCCUCUACAACCUGGCCUGCCCAACCUUUCCAUGAUCCCAAGGAACUGGCCACAUGCUAUUAUCGAUUUAAAGGACUGUUUCUUUAACAUUCCGCUGCAUCCUGAUGAUGCACCUCGUUUUGCUUUCUCUGUUCCAAGCACAAACUUGCAGGAGCCACUUCAAAGGUACCAUUGGCUUGUCUUACCGCAAGGCAUGAAGAAUUCACCAACCAUCUGCCAAUAUUUUGUAGUGCGUGCCUUAUCUCCAGUCUAUGAACAAUUCCCACAAUCAGUCAUUCUUCACUACAUGGACGAUUUACUCAUAGCAGCGCCAACACAGGAACAAAUGGAAAAAACUCAAGAUGGUGGUGUUGUUGAAAUCAAAAAGGCUGGACUGGUGGUAUCUGAAUCAAAAAUACAAGAGAUUGCUCCCUGGAAAUACUUGGGUUGGAAACUAACAGAACAAUCUAUUAUGCCUCAGAAAAUACAAGUCCAAACAGAUGUUCACACUUUACAAGAUUUACAACAGCUUUUGGGCGAAAUUAACUGGGUCAGGCCUGUGUUGGGAAUCACUGCUGAUGAGCUUGCUCCACUUUUCAAUCUGUUGAGAGGGGACAAUGACAUUAGAUUCCCUAGGUCUCUCACUCCCGAGGCUUAUACAGCCUUAGAAAAAAUUACUGAUGCCCUGCAGACCAGGCAGGCACAUCACUGUAUCCCAGAUAAACCCUUUUUUCUUGCAGUUUUAGGAAAAGAGCUGAGACUAUGUGGUCUAAUUUUUCAAUGGGACCCCUCUCAAAAAGAUCUAUUACUAAUAAUUGAAUGGGUUUUCAUUUCUUACAGGUUGCCAAAGACAAUCCUCACACCUUUAGAAAUUAUGUCUCAAAUCAUCAUCAAGGGCAGAGCAAGGCUUCUUUCAAUAGCAGGCUGCGAAUUCGCAAUUAUCUAUUUGCCCAUGCAGAAAACUUAUUUUGAGUGGCCAAUGUAG